AUGCCGUCGGUUGAACCAUUACCGCUGUCGAUUGUCGACAUCGACACCUGGCAGCUACUUGCGAACAUCGCCAAUGAACUGGCUCGGCUGCAGGAUGGUGGUGAAAUGGUGAAGAUAGAAAAUAAUGCAGGCUCUGAUAAAGCGUGUAUCCUACCUGAAUUGGCAUAUUUGUCGUCGUUCUCGAGUGUAUUUCCAUCGAUUCCACGAACACUUCAUUAUGUCGAUGCUAACAACGAAACUGCAGACUCGGAAUUAUGUGACGUCAAACAGUAA